AUGCGCCCUGAGACCACCAAGGCGGCUGUAGGAGACAUCAUCGAAUUUGACCUCUACCCCCUCAACCACAGUAUUGUGCGUGCCGAAUAUGGCUUUCCUUGCAUCCCAUAUGAGAUGACCGGGUCCGGCAAAACAGGCUUUUUCUCCGGAUUCAACCCAGUGGAUAAGGUCUUAGACAACCCACCGAAAUACAGUACCAGGGUCAACGAUACAGAGUCGAUCUUCUUCUACUGCUCUGCGCCUGGGAGUUGCAUCAUGUAUGGGAUGGUCGGCGGCAUCAAUCUGAACAGCGGUAUGAGUCUAGACAAGCAGCGAACACUGGCGAUGGACUCAUCAUACAUGCUGCAGCCUGAGAAGCUCCCUUCAACCAGCGAACCAUUUCCAGCUGAAUCUCCCCUCCCAUCCGGCAAUCCUGCAUCCUUCGUCCGGCUUUCCUCUUCAUCCAGUUCGGCUUCUGCACCCACUGCCUCACAUCCCUCAGGUGGCUUGAACACCGGCGCCAUCGUUGGCAUAGUCAUUGCCGCCGUCUGCGCGAUUCUUUUCGACGCCCUGCUCUUCUUCUGCUGGGGCCGGACAAAACCCCUCCGCGAAGCAAUCGAGCGCACAGGCGGCACAGUGCGCGGCGUCAGCGUCAGUCCAAACCAAAUGGUCGAGUACAAACAACCUAAAGUGCACACGCAUUCUCAUCAUGGACAUAAUGGCAGCCAAACAGCGUUUCAGUUCCUGUCCCAUCCUGCUGUGCAUCCUGCUAAACACCCUGGAAGUCCGGAUCCGGGUGCGUAUGGUCAUCAGCAUCAGGGCAGUAUGGACACGGGGUAUUUUCCUGCCUCUGCAGGAAAGGCCUGUGGAGAUGGGAGCCAUCACUGA